GGCUGAUUUCCCUUUCGGGCUGGAAUAUCGGGAAUCGGACCGUGCUUCGACUCAACCUGUCUGUAACCUAUCUUCACUAUCUCAUCACCGAAAGCUGCUAGGACUCGUUCCUUUCCAAGUUUCAACUUCAUUAUCUUCUGGCUAUUUUUGUGUCGACAUACGAACUCAAGUCUUGAAACUUGAAGAUUUCUGCUCGUACGGUGGAACGGGUAAUAUUCGUUCAGAACAAGGCUCAACUUCUGCGCUUUUCUUAAUUUCAUGAUGUCAAACACGAGCCUUGCUCGCUUUGAACAGGCGUCCGGUUCCCUCGUUCCUAUCAUCAAUCCCUGUACCGAGCCAUUCACCCCGAAUGACUUUACUCAUUACGAGUACAUGGCGCGAAGUUACGUCGAGAGUACGGACGGAAUACAACCUCACAAAUGCGUCCACGCUCUUUCCGAAGGGUUCAGAGACCCUCUCAUCAAGGACUGGUUCAUGGCGGACAUGCACCAUCUCUGCUCAUUGGAUUUGACAAAUUUCCUUUUGGCGAUGCGAAUGGCGUUUCUUCCGCGAGGUUGGGAUAGGAAGCUCCGGGACGAAAUACGUUCAUCCUACCAAGGGGAAGACGAAUCCGUCACGGCGUGGAUGUCUCGCCUUCGUCUGAAUAAUACUCUUCUUCGACACACGUACUUUCAUCUCACAAAUGACGAGCUCCUUGCUCAUUUCAAGUCUCAUAUCAACAAUUCCCUCUCUGCUGCACAUCAACGUCGCUCCGAGGCAGUAAAAGAAGACGAUCUCAUGCAGUGGAUACUUAUUAUCAAGGACAUCGAGGUAUCUCAAGACGCAGAAAGAGGUAGCGAUUUGGAUGUUAUGCAAUCAUCGCCAGUAAUAUUCAAGCCAACGGAUCCUCGCCUCAAGCGAAAAUAUUCGAGCAGCGACGACGAAGUUCCUCCCAAACGAGCCACCAUGAGUCCACCGCCUUCCACCUCCACGUCUGUAACUACAGUUCCGUUAACCCCAAUUCCACUCUCCGAUCCCUCUGUCACUCAUUCUCCGGGAACAUCGCUCCCUGACCGUGCUUAUUCCCAUCAUGUUAGGCUCCCCUGUCUCACAGAUGAACAGCGGGACUGGAUGAAGGAGAAGAAGGGAUGCUUCAAAUGUCGUCGUAUAUGGGCAUUCCAUACCUCGCGCGAAUGUCACUAUGGGCCGCCUGAUCCCACAACGUAUCGAGGUAUCCUGAUGCAGGACGGGAUCAACCUUGCUUUCGAUGCUCCAAAACAUUAUUCUCAGUCGCCACAGCUACUUUAUAACGACGAUGACAGGCAUUGGAGGGGGUGGGAGAAUUGAGACUGUUCGAUUUUGUAUAUAAGUAAUUAUUGAUAUCAUCAAGAUGGACUUCCUGUUGACGGACGACUGCUAUUUUACUUGUACUAUUACUAUUUUUACCACUAGCUACAAGAACAACAAGUUUUGCGCACAGAUGGAAAAUUCAUGAAGGUAUGGGCACGGAUUGAGUUUGAUUCGAAAGGCAAUAGUAGCCAGACUCC